AUGAAUAAAAAAGAGAAACAAGAGAAAGUUACUGAAGUUUGUAGAUCUAAAAAGAUAGGGAUAGGGGCUUUCAUUGAAACUAAAGUUAAAGCGGAGAAGUUACAAGAUAUGAUGGCUAGUAGAUUUUCUUACUGGGAUUACUAUUCUAGUAAAAAAAUGGAAGGUCGGAUUCUUUUACUUUGGAGAAAGAAGUUUGUAAAUGUUGAAGUAAUUGAUGAUUCCAAGCAAUAUGUUCAUUGUCAUAUCAAAAUGAUAGGGCAGAAAAAAGAUUACUUUGCUACCUUUGUCUAUGGAGCUAAUACCAUAGAAGGAAGAAGUGAUCUUUGGUCUGCUCUAUCAAUGAUAAAUACAAGGGGGAAGGAAAUUAGUGCUUUGGAGCUAGAGGAUUCAAAGAACUUGAUAGCUAAUUCCAGUGUUGGGCCUAUGAAUCGUACGGGAUCGAAUUUCACCUGGACAAACAAACAAGACAAUAGGAUUUUCUCUCGCAUAGACCAUGUGUUCCACAAUGAGGAUUGGGUAGAUAAUUUUCCAAAUACGCCUGCUCACUUCUCUUGGGACACUUGCUCGGAUCACUGUUUUUGUGUGGUUCACUCUACUGCUACGGAAAACAUUGGCACCAAGCCGUUUUGUUGUUACAAGUUUUGGGCAGAACAUCUGGAUUAUAAAAAGACUGUUUUGGAUAGUUGGGGGAAGUCUCUGAGAUGCUGUGGCUUGAAGGGGAUUCAUCUCAAAACUAUGCGUCUCAAGCAGAAAUUAAAAAGAUUCAACAGAAAUGUGAUUGGAAGCAUUGGAGAGGCCUUUGAGAAGGCCAAAGAGUCUUACAUUGAGGCUCAGUUCCAAUGCCAAGCUAAUCCUAAUAACAUUUAUUUCCUUGGUUUGGAGCAUGAGGCGGAAAAUCAGUUUCACACUCAGGAAAAAAUGUACCAGAGUUUCCUUCAUCAAAGAAGCAAUGUCAACUGGAUUCAAAAAGGGGAUAGUAACACUACUUACUUUCAUGCGUUAUUGAAGAAGAGGAAGGAAGAAAACAGGAUUGUUUCGUUUGUGACUGAACAAGGGGACUUAAAUGAUCACUUCCCAUAUGUUGUUCAACAUUUCAUUAGUCACUUUCAAGGCAUAAUGGGGAAAGUCAAACCAACUAGUAUGGAGAUUCAACCGGACUGCAUAGCUUUGGGGCCCAAGCUUAAUCUUGAUCAACAGGUUCAUCUCCUGAAACGCUUCUCUCUCAAAGAAGUUAGAGCUGCUAUGUUUAGUAUUCUUAUUACUAAAUCUCCUGGUCCUGAUGGAUUCGGAUCGGGGUUCUUUUGGUCUGUUUGGCCUGAGGUGGGGAAAGAUAGAAAUGCUGCAAUAGCUCUAUUUUUCGACACCAACCAAUUCCCGACAGAGUUACAUAACACAACUCCCUCUCUUAUCCCUAAGACUGAGAGUCCAUCUAAAGCUAUAGACUACCGGCCAUUUGCUUGCUGGACAACCUUGUAUAAAUGUGUUUCUAAGUUGAUUUGUUCUAGGCUUGCUAAUGUUCUUCCCAACUUAGUGAGCCGGAACCAGGGGCGUUUGUUAAAGGCUGUUCCAUUGCGUAUAAUAUUCUUAUUCUUCAGGAUCUCUUGA